AUGCAGAGGCGACUUAGGCAAGUUUGCACUGCUCUAAAAGAACACACUUUCGUAAACUAUGCUAAGAUUGCUUCAGCAAGUGGCUUCUCCGAUAUCAGUCUCAUCAUCAUCAAAGCAACGGAAUCCAAUGACAUGCCACUGCAUGAAAAGCACGUGCAACAUCUUUUGACACUCUUUUCCACAUCCCCAUCUCAUUUUUACUCUUUUGCCAUUGGUUUCACUCGUCGAUUUGGCACCACGCGUAACUGGCGUGUGGCACUCAAGUGCCUUAUCCUUCUUCAUCGUUUGCUUCGAUCUUUCCCAGGAAACACCACUUUGUGGACUGAACUAUUAUGGGCACGUUCUAAUGCUUUGUUUUCUCUCUACCCUUGUCAUUUCAGAGAUGACUCAUCUUCAUCUCCAGUUUCCUACACUAACUUCAUUGUAUCCUAUGCACACCUCUUAGAUGAAGUUCUUAACCGUGUUGCAUUGGAUAGCACCAUGUUUGAUACCCAACAACACGAACAAGAAAAAGAAGAAACUUUUGGAGAGAAAAUGAAAGAAAUGAGUGAAAUACUUGAAGUGUUGCCACAGAUUCAGAGUAUUAUAGAUAAGGUGAUGGAUUGUUACCCAGUGGGAGUGGCAGCUAGGAGUUUCAUUGUGCAGUGUGCAAUGAAACUCAUAAUUCGUGAGAGUUUUGUUUGUUACACGAAGUUCAGAAGGGAAAUAAUAGCGGUUUUGGAGAAUCUGCUUCAGAUGCCUUAUAGGAAUUGCAUAGCUGCUUUCAAUAUAUAUAAGAAAGCAGCAGUGCAAACAAAUCAGCUUUCUGAGUUCUAUGAAUGGUGCAAGGCAAAGGGUUUGUGUGGUUUGUAUGAGUAUCCAUUGGUAGAACCAAUCCCAUAUAUACAAAUCAAAGCUUUGGAAAGUUUUCUCAGUGGCAUGUGGCAGUUGACAGAGUCUUCAUCGUCUCCAAGUCCUACUAGCCCUUCAUCUUUUUCUGUGGAAUCUCCAAUUGAAGGAGGAGGUGAAAGGGAGGAAGUGAUCAGAGGUGAGGAAGAGAGGCCUUUGAUUGAAGAAGAAUUAGAAGAGAAUGAGGAUGUUAGUUGGGAGACAUUGUUGGAAUCAUCUGUUAGUUUUUGUCAGAGUGACUUGUGCAGUUUCUUCUAUCAGAGGGAAUGGGACUAUGGAUUUGAUAAUGAACAACGUAGCUUUGAUGAGAACGGGAAAGAAGGGUAUGAGCAUGCAGAUGACACAUGCAAAAUUGCAGUAUCCAAAUCUCCUUUUGCUGCUUAUAACCCAUUCUCAGAGCCAAAAUAA